AGCCUACAUAACCAAGCGCUAUCUUCGACUGCAUAAAGGCGGCAUGACCAGUGAUCACACGAUGACGUCUGGAGAAAUAAAACAUUUGGGUUUACGGUCAAAGAUAUUGUAGUGAUAUAAAGGACGAUGUCAAAGCACUUCCCUGAAGGGGACAACACAGUAGGCAUAAGGCCAAAUGUGAGCGUCUUGGUCAUUUAGUGUUAAAUGGAGAGAGCAGACGAAAUACGAGCACUGAUUGAUCCACAAGUGACGAGUUCAUUGUGCUGAUGUACACUCUGUGACGCCUGCAUCUGCGUCACUUCAGGGAAGCCACUGAAAAAGCCGAAACUGUCAUAUCAAUAGAUAGCAGCACACGUACAUAUGCCCGUGACACAGGCAUAUAAGACGGCUGUAUUCGAUUAUAGCUGCUGGAUCUUGAUCUUGAUCUUGCCACCGAGUCCAGCUCAUAAAAAGCAGAGUCCAAGGGUUGCUUCUGUUAUAGGAAGGGGGCAUAAAAAAGCUUGGAUAGAAAGCGUUCGCUGUCCACUCCUUCCUACUGCCGGAGCGAUCAGCACUCUCUCUCUCUCUCUCUCUCUCUCGCUCUUUCUCUCACUCUCUCAAAAUGGAAGAAGGAACAAAGCCAAACCAUUUUGAGAUGAAGAGCAUUCUGAAGAAGAAGAACCUGAAGGGGGAGAACUCCACCCAGAGCAGCUCCAUCGGGGCGGUGAGAUGGCCCCAGAACGAGAUGUACGUCCAGCAACACAGCUCCGCCCCCAGCCAAAAGACCUCCACACCUGCACAGAAACCCAGACAGAACGGCCUGAAGGACCUCCGCAGCCUGCAGGAUUGUGUGGAGUUCAUCAACGACUGGAAGGCCCAGGUGGACCACGUCUGCCAGCAGGGCAGCGGGCGACCAGAGGACGGCGGCGCCGGCAGCACGGCCGACGAAGGACGGGUGGAGCGCAGUUUGGAACAGAGCCGCCAACUCAUCCUGGAAUGGGCAGGCGAGCUCCGACACAUCGACACGCUGCUCAGGGACACGCCUACACCCACGCCGACGGCAACCAGGGCUGAGGAAGAGGAGGAGGAGGAGGAGGGGCCGAAGGAGGAGACUCAGAUGAGGAUCAUGCGAUGGGCAAAGGAGCUACAGGACGCCUCAGUGAUUUGCGGCAUUGAGCGUGAGGAGCUGGGCCAGAUGUUGAGGCUGCUUGGGCAGAGGAAGAGGAAGCUGGUCCACCUUCUUCCUCUGCUGGAGUUCAUCACCUGGUCGCUGCUCAAGGAGGACCGCACGAAAAUGAUGCCGCAGUUCUGGUUGCUGGCCAAGCAGCGCAGCUGGGAAGCAGGGGUUGCCCGAUACAUCCCCAACUCAGUCUGGAGUUGGAUCACCAGUGCCACAGCCGACGUCACCCUGGACCCCAUGACCAACAACCCGUGGCUCCAGAUCUCCGAGGACCAGCGGGGGGUCCAGGAGGGUCCCGCCCAGGCCCCGGACCUCCCCUACAGCCCGCAGCGCUUCACCGGCUGGCCGGGGGUCACGGGGUGGGAGGGCUACGGCCGCGGGCGCCACUACUGGCAGGUGGACAUCGCCAACACCGGCGUCUGGCGGGUGGGCGUGACCGCCGUCGACGCCAAACGCCGCGGGCGCGUCCCCAUGUCGCCGCGCCGCGGCUACUGGGCGCUGUGGCGGAGCGCGCAGCAGUUCUACGCCUGCACCGAGCCCGAGCCGACCCCGUUGCCCCUGGCGAUGGCGCCGCGACACCUGGGCGUCUAUCUGGACUACGAGGAGGGCCAGGUGUCGUUCUACAACGCCAAGAACCAGACGCACAUCUUCACGUUCACGGGGAGCUUCCGGGGGAAGAUGUACCCGCUGUUGGCGCCGCUGGACGGACGCACGCGGCUGGAGGUGCGGCCGCCGCCGCCGCCGCCGCCACAGCUGCCACGCAGGGGGUCCGUCAUCGGGGAGCUGAAGUGAGGGAAGGCGGGUUCACCGGGAGAACGCCGGGAUUGCGGUGAAAGGGAAGGGGACGCGAGGAUCCGGGCGGUUCAUGGAUAACGCCUUGGGACACUUCGGGACUGCUUGGAGGCUAUAUGCUAGACUGGAUUUUGCCGGGGACCACUUGGCGUGGAGUUUAGAGCUUCCUUCUCCAACACUGAAUUGCUCGGAGACAUUUUUUUUCCUGCUCGCUGAAGAUUUUGAAUCAAAUUUCAUGAAAGGCUAAAUAUCCGUUUGCUUUCAAGGAAUCUUUUCUUGUCGAUAGCGGAAGACCAAAGGCCGACAGGAUUGUAGGUAGACGGCGAUUAAAAAACAUUUCUUUAUAACACUGCUUUAAUUUACGAAUUUGUUAUCUGGAAAUGAUCUGCACGUAGAAUAAUGUGGUAGCCUGUAUGUGUAUAUAUUUUUGGAUAAACCAAACCACAAGUGGAACCAGCCAAAGUAAGCUAGAUUUUGAAGGUAUACAACCGAAAAAAUCCCACCUCUCCCCUUGAACCUCCCACUCCCUCUCAAUACGUGACUAGUUUCUGAUCUUGCACAAUGAGUGCACGGGCAGAGUGCGCACGG